AUGAAGCUGUUGAUCAUCGCAGCUGCCUCUCUGGCAGUGGUGAGCUGUGCCAGCCUCUCUCUGGAGGACCUGGAGUUCCACGCAUGGAAACUCAAGUUUGGUAAAUCCUACAGGACCCCUGAGGAGGAGACCCGGCGCAAAGACAUCUGGCUCUCCACCCGCCGCAGGGUUCUGACUCACAACAUCCUGGCUGACCAGGGCAUCAAGACCUACCGCAUGGGCAUGAACCACUUCUCCGACAUGGACAGUGAGGAAUUCAAGGAGAAUGUCCUCCUCAGGAACAUGAUCCCUUCCAAUAAGACCAGAACCCUGCCCCACCGAGCCGCAAAGCCUUCAACACCUAAAGGGGGCGCUGUUAAGCUGUCUGCCUCUAUGGACUGGAGGGACAGUGGAUGUGUCACGUAUGUCAAAGACCAGGGGCAGUGUGGAUCCUGUUGGGCCUUCAGCGCGACAGGUGCGCUGGAGUCCCACUACUGCAUAAACUAUGGACACCUGUACGAUCUGAGUGAGCAGCAGCUGGUGGAUUGCUCCUGGUCCUAUGGGAACAAGGGCUGCAAUGGAGGCUGGAUGGACUCCGCAUUUCAAUAUGUCACUGAUACCGGAGGGGUCGACACCGAGGGCUAUUACCCGUACGAGGGAGAGGACGGAAACUGCCGCUUUGAUCCAGCUGGUGUUGCUGUGACCUGCAGGGGGUAUACUGAUGUAACACCCCAGGGUGAUGAAUCUGCACUACAGAGCUAUGUGGCCCAGGGACCUGUGUCUGUGGCCGUGGAUGCCUCAGACUUCCAGUACUAUGACUCCGGUGUCUUCUACGACUCCUACUGCAGCAGCAGUAAUGUGAACCACGCUGUGCUGGUGGUGGGUUAUGGAACUGAGGGAGGUCAAGACUACUGGCUGGUGAAGAACAGCUGGGGCACGUCCUGGGGAGAGCAAGGCUACAUCAAGAUGUCCAGGAAUCAGGGCAACCAGUGUGGCAUCGCGUCUUACGCUUCGUUUCCUGUAAUCGAGGCCACUCGGGACAUCUGAAGAUAGCUUUAAGUUCGCAGCAUGCACUGUUUCAUCAUGCACAAUUUAUUUUGAACAGGAUAUUAGAUUAUUAAAGUGUAUUAAAGUGUAUCAGUGUCAUUAGUGCUCAGUGCAUUAGAUUAUUAAAGUGUAUCAGUGUCAUUAGUGGUUAAUGCAAAAGGACACGUUGAAGUGCAUUAACUGAA